AUGGACUCGUCGACAGCGGGACCCUCGACACCACCCACACAGCGCCCUUUGGACGAGCUUUUCCCACACCGCGUGCAGAUCCACCUUCACCCGUCCUCCAGCCUACCCCCAUCCCUUCUCUCGCAGCUCCCCUCGCACCCGUCGACGUCACACGACCCACUAUCAGGUCCAACGCUCCCCAUCGCCCUCGUAUGGACCGUCUCCUCCCUCAAACUGCUCCGCCACUACGGAUGCACCGGCUCGUUCACGGGUACGCUGGCGCAGUUUCCGCAGCAGAACAUCUUCCUGGGUCUACCGGUGCAGUUGUUGCCCGAAGAAGUGGUGUAUCUCCUCCGCCGCAAUCUUGCCGUUAUCAUCGACGAAUCGAGCUCGUACCGCGCAAGUAGCGGGGAGGAGAGGCAGGAGAGACGGGGCGAGCGGGAGGUGGAGCGGGAGACAGAACAACGUGCGGCAUGGGAGGAAAAGAUGACUUUACGAGCCAAGUUCACCAAGGACCCCCGAACGCAACCCACCCAGGAAGAAUUGGAGAGCAUGCCAUGGCACAUAACCCUACUCACCCUGUCAGUGUUCCCCUGGUACACCCCGCAGACGUACACAAGUCUGUCCUCCAUCCAACACCUCUAUCCCUACCCCUCCACCCAGCGCGAAGUGGCCUCCGUGGGGUUAUUCGAACACCUCCUCGAACAAAACAACUGGUGCCUGGCAGGAUUGCGCUUCGGUGGCACAUUCGCCGUCUACCCCGGCGACCCACUUCGCUAUCACUCCCACUACACGGCGCAGUUGGUGCUCCGGGAGGAGGAGGUGAGUCUGAUGACGUUGGUCGCGAAUGGGAGGUUGGGGACGAGCGUCAAGAAGACCCAUCUGCUGUGCUGCGUUGAGGGGUUCGACGAGGAGGUCGGACGAGAGCUGCAGGCUACCCAGGCUGAAGCUGUGCCAGACGGAAGGGGAAGCGGGACGUUGGGUGCCGGCGCAACAGGGGCAACAGAGGGCACAGGGGCAACAGAGGGAUCAGAGAGCUCGACAAAGGUGCUACAAUGCAUCAAAACGGGCCAGUACGAUACAGCCCCAAGAGGCGAGAAGGAGAGCCACGAGGUGAGGGAGGCGCGAGGAGAGGUGGCGGAUGCGGACGCGAGAAGGUUUGCUACUUUUAAAGUGUUCAGCUUGGCUUGGGCUGGGUUUGGUACCUAG